AUGACCACUUCGGCGACAGAGGCGUCCAGUCUCUAUCUAUACAAACCUAGCCAUGUCCUGCCAGCGGUCUUUGCCGCACUAGUCGGUGUUUCACUGCUGAUUCAUAUUUUUCAGAACUUCCGCUAUCGAUUCUGGCGAGUAACAUUCUUCCUCUUCUGGGGAGGCACUCUCUUCACCACAGGCUGGAUUCUUCGCUGCAUCUCAAGUUACUACCCCGCCAACCUAAACCUCUACAUCGCCCAAUCCGUCUUCAUCUAUCUGGCUCCACCUGUCUACUCAGCCUCCGCAUACAACCUCGUCGGCCGAUUGAUGAACUAUCUACCCAUGCACGCCGUCCUCAACCCUAAUCGGGUCCUCAUCUUCUUCGUAUACGUCGGUGCCGCAGUAGAAAGCAUCACCGUUGCGGGAGCAGCCAAAAGUGCUGCUGCUGGAACCGAUCUUGCCGAAUAUAAGAGCGGCGGCGUCCUCAUAGCAGCCGGCCUCGUUCUACAAGCUGUGGUAGAAUGUCUUGUCGUCGCAAUCGUCGCAACGGUACACCGCCGCGCCUCGCGUGCAAAAAUGGUCCCUCGCAAUGUGAAAACACUCUGUUACACUCUAUACGGAACAUCGACAUUCGUGCUCCUGCGCUGUAUAUUCCGUGCUGUGGAAGCAUUCGCGAUGUUCGGCAACCUUGGAUGCAAAGACAACUGCAGUCCUAUUCUCAGCAAUGAAUGGUAUCUAUAUGCGUUCGAGCUGGGUCCGAUGUUGAUCUUCACAUUCUGGAUGAACCUGCUUCAUCCCGGUCGUUACUUACCUAAGGACAAGUCUCGGUAUCUGGGGCUAGAUGGCCAUAUUGAGCGAUCUGGACCGGGCUGGCUUGAUCACCGGAAUCAGUGGGAGACUUUCAUGGAUCCUUUGGAUAUAAGCGGCGUGAUCAAGGGACAGGCUUCUCAUGAGAAGUACUGGCUGAGACCUGAGCAGUGGCCUGUUUGCAAGGAUGGGAGCUUUGCGGAGGGGACGGCUUCAAAUCGCAAGUUGGCGGUUAUGGUGAAGCAGGAUGUUCUUUUGGCUGAAACCCAUAUGGUUUGA